AUGGCUUCUCCGUCUAGUUCCGAUGAAGGCGAAAUCAUAGAGACUGGGGUUGGUGCAGGAGACUUGAAGGCAACUUCACUGCCUCAAUUCAAUGGAAAUGGUGUUGACCGUCCAGACAGAAAUCGACCUAGACAUUCGAAAUCAACAUCUCCCGAAGUUGACGCGGCCUCGAGAUACGCCUCAACUUCAACCCGCAAUCGCUCCCCUCGAGGCUCCAAGCGCUCUCGUAGCGACUAUCCCGCUAGAUCGAAUGGAGACCGGGACCGAGACCGAGACCCGCGCAACUUCCGAGUACACUACGAAGAUGCACGCGAUUCGCGCCGCUCUCACUUCUCUUACGAUGAUGACGAUAGGCCCCCAUCCCGAUCUUCUGCUUCGGGACUUCGCUACGACGACAGAGAUCGAGCCAGAGACCAUGGCCCGUCACGCGACCACAGCCGCGAGCGCGAGCGCGAUCGUGACGGCUACGCGGACAAGCGGCCCAGAAAUCGCACGAGAUCGCCUAAUCGGCCCCCGAGGAGUGGUAGAGACCGCAAUGAUCGAGAUAGAAGAAAAGAUGACAGGCACACCCGUCCAAGCAAUAGAGAUCAGGACUUCUAUGACAGAAAUGGUCGCCAAGACAGUGCGAGACAUGAUGCAGUCAGAGGGUCCGCCUCGGCAGAAAGAAAUGGUAUUCUGAAAAACGAUACUAAAUCUACUAAAUUGUCCCAGGUGGAGGUAGCUACAACACCCAGCUCAGCAAAUACUUCGGCCCCUGAACCCGAAGCUCCAGAAGAGCAACCGGUUGACGAAGCUGCCGAGAUCGAACGCCGGCGCCGGCGUCGUGAGGAACUCCUAGCCAAGUCCCGCGGCCCAACACCUAUGCUUGUACAAGCGCUGCAAGCUUCUUCCGACAAGUUUGCAUCAACCUCGCCGGCUCAUAUUCAGCAAAGCACACCUUCAGCGACUGAAGCUAAUACUCCAAUGUCUGGUAAGUCGGUGUCCAAUCUUUGCAGCUGUGACAUUGCUAAUAAGCCCCAAGCAGUAUCGUCUCCUGCCUCUCCAGCACGAGGCUUGCAAGAGGGCAUGUCUCCAGCUGCGCUUGACAUCACUAAUGACCACGAUCUCAUCAAUGUACACGGAGAGUCUCGAAACGCCGAUGAUGACGAUGGUCCUUCCGCAGCAGACUAUGACCCUACAGCGGACAUGCGGGAAGAUGAGAAACGCGAUGGGCGCCGUCAUGGUCACAUUGGUCCCCAUGGCGAGGUUCUCCCCCCUGAACAGAAAGAUGGGAUUGCUCCCCAAGAAGAAAUGCAACCUACAGAAUCUACUGAAGAUGGCGAUGACUUUGACAUGUUCGCCGAAGAUUUUGACGAGGACAAAUUCGCAGCACCAAAGCCUAUCGUCGAGUCUGAAGCCACAGCAGAUGAUGGUCAAGCUCCUGCUCAAGUAGGGGCAGGCGGUAUUCUUGAAGGCGAUGACAAGGACGGUUACUACAAAAUUCGCAUAGGAGAGAUCAUGAAUGGCCGCUAUCAAGUGCAGGCCACCCUGGGUAAGGGUAUGUUUUCAGGAGUCGCUCGUGCUGUAGACAUCACGAAUAAGCAGAUGGUCGCCAUCAAAAUGAUGCGCAACAACGACGCUUUGAGGAAGGGAGGCUUCACCGAGAUUGCCAUCUUGCAAAAGCUGAACGACUCGGAUCCGGAGAACCGCAAGCACAUUGUCAAGUUCGAGCGCCAUUUCGAGCACAAGGGCCAUCUGUGCCUCGCCUUUGAGAAUCUCAGCCUGAACUUGAGAGAAGUCCUAAAGAAAUUUGGUAACAAUGUUGGCAUCAAUCUCAGUGCCACUCGAUCGUAUGCUCAUCAAAUGUUUGUGGCUUUGGCUCACAUGCGGAAAUGCACCAUUAUCCAUGCAGAUAUCAAGCCCGACAAUAUUUUGGUCAACGAGGCUCGCAACAUCCUCAAAAUCUGUGACUUGGGCACGGCAAUUGACAGAUCUGAUGCAGCAACAGCGCACAACGAGAUAACGCCCUACCUUGUCAGUCGAUUUUACCGGGCGCCCGAAAUUAUCCUAGGUCUACCGUACGACUACGCCGUUGAUAUGUGGUCCAUUGGUUGCACUCUAUAUGAGCUGUAUACCGGCAAGAUUCUAUUUACAGGUGACAGCAACAAUCAGAUGCUCAAGACGAUCAUGGAGAUUCGUGGCAAGUUCAGUACCAAGAUGUAUAAACGAGGCCAACUCUGGCAAAUGCACUUUGACGACAUCGGUAACUUCAUUAGCGUGGAGAGAGACAAGGUGCUUGAUAAGACGAAUGUUAGAACCAUGGCCAUUGUAAAACCGACCCGCGAUCUGCGGACUCGCCUUAUGGCUGCGUCUAGCGGCAUGGACGAUGCGGAGUCUAGGGAUCUCAAUCAUUUCAUCGAUUUGCUGGAACGCUGUUUGGCGCUCAACCCAGAUAAGAGGAUGACUCCAUCAGAGGCGCUUAAGCAUCCCUUUUUCCUGAGGGCAUCUAUUAGAUAGUGUCACGGGGGCUUCGCGGCAUAAUGAAGUGGAGGAGGGGUGAGCGGACAACAUCACCAAGCAUUGAGGUUGCAGCCAUCGGGCUCUCAUGGAUGAUCAAUCACAAGGUUCGCUAUAACCUAGUUAAUGGCCUAUGCUGCGGGUCUAAUUGAUCUAUUCUUGUUGCUGUGUAUAGAAUAGAGCAAUAGGACUGCAUAUUUUGGUAACAGAGAAGUCAUUGUAACCCCAUCGAACGAGGACAUCUUCGUUUCACCUUGCCGUGUUGGCUAAUGCUCAUGUGACCGUCGGCGACAAAUCUGCUAAGCUUUGCCAUCACACGAUGGAGUCACACGGCUUGACAAGGUACUUGCUGCAGCAAACCUGUCUAAUAAUUGAUGGCAAACAUGCAUCAUCGUAGUCAUUCCGGUAUGUUGG